UCAUUCUGACCGCAACACAUAAUGUAACUGCGACACAAACAUAUAGUGGCUGGAGUACAAAGCUGAACGUGACUUAUUUUUACAUUUUGGAAUUCAACAUCUUAAAUCUCAGCUUAUUUGGAUCCUAAUUGAAAGAAAAAAUCGUGCAUUUGUUUCCAACGACGAUGGACGAAAAAAAUUCCACUGAAAGCUCUAAUACCCCAACAUCCAAGUCACUUAGCAACAGCGAUGAAGUCAUUGAGCACAUCAGAAAUUGGAUUAAGUCAGACGACAAACCGAAAAUGCACGAAGAUGCCGUUAAACACAUCGAGUCGUUUGUGGAUCGAAAAAUUUCUUGUUUGGAAUCGACGCUGGUCGAGAGACAAUACGUGAAAGUCGUAUUGGAAAUGUGGCUAAGAAAAAGUUUAAGAAAGGCUGUCGAUUACCUUAUUGAUGAAACAAUCGAUAUCAGCGUCGAAAUGCCCACUUUAUUGAAAGAAUUAAAUUCCAUCAAUUCAUUCGAAGAUAUUGGCCUCAAACUAAAUGAAGCGAUGUGCCAACUGACAAAUCUGUGUGACGGAGCAUGUCAGUAUCUACAACUAAUACUCAGUCAGGUGGAUCUUUUUAAAAAUACGCCACGUUUCUCGGUUCUUGUCUCCAGUUAUUUCAAGCAAUUUAAAGAGUCUUGCAUUGACAAAGUUUUUUCCAGGUGUCUAGAUGAUGUCACAAAAGAUCAAAUUAAGGGCAAGAGAAACUGGGAAUUUUUUGUCGCACUCAAUGUACUUUUACAGGUCGCCACUGAAGACGUAAGAAUACAAAACGUUUUGGAGAAACAUUUAAUAGGAAGUGACAUCACAGACGUCAGUAACGCUGGCGGACAAAACUUAAUGAACCAACUGACAGAGAUUUUUGCAAGUUGUAACGAUGCGACUGAAAAUGAAUCAUCGAAUUGGUUGAAUCAGCUAAAAUCAGAAAAAGAAUGGACACCUAAAUUGCAAGUCCUGGUCAAAGAGACGUGCAAGGCAUUCCUGUUACCUAAAACGAUGAUCGUAAUCAAAGACGAAUAUGGAAAAAAAAUAAUCUUCAUUAGAGGCGUCUCUGUGUUUGUCAACAAAGUUAUUGGCGAAAUGAAACGAUUGAAAGAAAAAAAUCCCGAAGUGCAAGAAAUUCAGAUUGUUGGACUGUCAUCCGUUCAUAUCGAUUGCCACCUGCAGAAUGAAACCUGGCACGGGACGAACGUUGGAAUCGUUGCUGAUAAAAUUUUCGUAGACCACGAAGUCUGCCGGAAUUGCCAGAAAAAUAAUGUCGAGGCGAAAGAAGGACCCACCGAGCCGAUGGAGGCUCAUAAUUUUGUUGACGAUUUCUCCGUCUGCUGGGAUGUUUCGGGCAAAAACGGAGAACCUGGUGGGCCAGGUAUGAGCGGUGGCAACGUACACAUCAUUUGUAACGAAAUGUUCAACGCCAAACGAUGGAAGGUUAUUUCUGAUGGCGGCAAAGGAGAGGACGGACAGAACGGCAGUAGUGGGGAAAGCCAACGAGAGCAAGAUACUCACAAAUGGUCCAAAGAAUAUUUCAAUCAAUUGUUUCCUUCCAUGUCGACAUUCGGAACGGGAGAACAAAGAAAACACAUAGCUUCAAACGAUGCAGUUAAAACAGUUCUGACGACGCUAAACAACUUGUUGCCAGUUGACAAUCGCAAAUACGGUAAAGAUGUCCAACCAGACCAUGCAGGUAAUUUUUUCAUUGACGGCACUGCGAAAGACGGCAGUAAUAUCACCGUUUCGUACUAUCAGUCCAAAACAAAACGACACACACUUAUUCUCUGCCAAGGAAGCAGCAUUGGACAAGGGGGAUUUGGAGGUAACAUCGUGUUUGAAUACAUGACCGAAAGAAACUCGAUCCCAACAGAAUCCGGCAUUCCGGUUGUCGGGAAGGAAAACCGUCAACCAAGGGCUAUGCUGCUGGGUGUCUACCAAGCAAUGGGUUCUGAUGGCGUCAUAGGAACACCUGUAGGCGACGUAGGUCUCAUCCACAGGCUAGACGCAUCUGAGGCAUCUGCAAACCGAAAUCUGGCAGGUCAAUACAUCGGCUUCGAAAAUGAUGUUAGCCUUCUGAUGGAAUGCAAUCCUACGAAACCUAAAAGGCAGCCAAAUGAUCCUGAUAAUUAUUACGCCAAAAUAACUAAAGGAGAAUAUGCGUCGAUUGGUUACCACGGUCUAUACGCAUACGGCCAAGCCCAGCCACUACAUUCGACGGUGCUAAAUGCCACGAAAAAGAAGGCCAUCAUUCGCCAAAGUCUUGCCCAGUACGUUGUUCAAAUGGACGAGCGGAAGCAGAUGACACAAUCUCUUCAGGAAAAAUUAUCCAAGGACUGGGAGGAACAAAAGUUGACAGAAAAUGUUGACGAUUUAGUCAAUCAAAUGGAAGGCAAAGAAACUCAACUUUAUCAAUUAUCGUCGCAGUGCAGUCGAGGACUUGAGAACAUUGGAUCAAUGAGUUUUGUGAAACCCGCCUUAAAAAAGAAACUGGAUGUGAACAGCGUAACAGACACUUCUCGCUCUUUAGUCGGCCGACGGUCAGUUGGACGUCGUCCAGUUGAUUCCCGGCAAAAAACACCUGUUGACGUUCGAUUCCUGGAUUUGAUGCCAACAAUGAGCGGUGUUGAUAGCGCUAUACACAGCAUUUUUGGUCAAAUGAAUUCAAGUGGGUCGUUUGUUUGCAAUAACGUGAAAAUAUUUCGCCAACAUCUCGCAACAUUUAUUCGGCAGAAUGCAACAUUUCCUAAAAAACCAUUAAACCGAAACAAAUUGACGAAAUUCAUCCUCAAAAAGAAAAAUCAUGUCAAAGUCUCAGCUGUUGUCCAGCAGUUUGUACUCCGCGUGCAAAAGAGCAAUGCGUUGGAUUAUCCCAUAGCUUUUGACAUGAAAAAUGCCUAUUCCGAGUUUCGACGGACGAGCAACAAAGAAAACGAAUUCGACUGGCAAAACGCGACAAAAAAUAAAAAAUUAUUUGAAGAAUACGCCAGGUUUGUUGAGACGCUAUCGAACUCAUUGGAAUCGGCUGAAGUGGAAAUGCUAGCAAUCAUCCAUGGUAUAUUCAUCCAUGUUUACAACGAUCAAUUAUCAUUUUUCAAGUACAAGGAAACACUGAAUCCUGACGGUUCCAAAAAGCACUACAUUCUUCAUCGCGGACACGGAGAAUGGCAACGUGUUGAACCCAACAAAAUGGUGGCAAAUUUUUGCAAACAAAUUGAUGAGGGCUUUUUUGAAAAUCAGCCGAUUCAAAGUGAUUGUUUCCGUAAAUUCUUAGACUCUCUUGAAAAACACAGCGCUUACCAACAGGUCAUCACUUCUAUGAAGAUGCUCAACCCUGAACACGGUGAUACACCGGAUAAAUUGUUUCAAUUGCUUUUAAAAAGUUUCCAGGAACAUGAAGAAAGGGGCGAAAACUUGAAUGCAAAGUGGAGAGAAGAAUAUUCAACCGAUCUCUGCUGCUUGGCUGAAUAGAUAGCAGAACACAAUAAUCGCAAUCUCAGUCCCAUCUUCUACUUGAAUAUUGUCAAAGAUAAUUUACCCGUCGACUGGAGAUGCGAUUUUUUUAUGCUUGAAAUUUACGACCAAUUUUCUUGGGAAGUUCCCGAUAUUAAUAC